AUGAGUAACAACAUUGAUACGCGCAAGAUCAAGUCGACUUUAACAUACCAUGAUGCCGUCGCAAAAGGGGAACGUCUACUCAACCUUACUGUCGCGGAUGUCACCAACGGCCCGUCCCAAAGCCAAUUUCAAGACUGUGGAGAUCUGGAAGAAUGGGGCUGGGGUACGUUUACUAUUGCUUCCACCGGAUCCUACCCCAGUGGCGAUCUAAUUCAGGCCUUGAGCACCAACCCAACAUCAUUUGCUUCCAAUGCCCUCACAGUAGGUAAGCUUACGUUGCAUGAGGACACCGUUACAGUGGAUGGCAAGACCUAUCCAGCUACAAUGGGGCAGAUUCAGAGCGUGUUCAACGCAAAAGCCGGCAUUUUACUAGCGGAAUGCAAUACGACACCAAUGGCGAUGAUGAACCCAUCUACGAAUACAGAUCUAGAGACGCUGACAGCCGGUCUGCCGAAGCUACGGUAUUGGUCCGAUGUCGCGUUUCUGCAAUGGAAGUCACUGGCGCCACCUACCGAGCAAGCUCCGAUACCAGAGCUGAAGAUUGUGGUGAGAUACGCGAUCCUCAACCUCGAUACUCGGGCAGUGUGCAACACUAUACUUGCUUCUCUCCGCAGACAGCGACAAGAGAAAGCGAAGCCGGGGGUUUCGUAUGAUAACUGGUCUCCGAGAUGGCCAGGAACAACCUUCCCGAUAGCCUCUGAAGAAGCCAAAGCCUUGUGUGGGACUCCAAAUGGAACUGGCGUGCUGUGGCUGCUUGCUCAACACAAGGUAGGACUGGGUUGCAAGACUGUCGAUAAGGUGACGAUGUUUUAUCGGGAUGAAAAUGCCAUGGGAAUGAGUGGAGUGCCAACGUUGAUCUUCUACGUCAAAGACGUUGCAGAAAAUUCUGACAUAGAAAGGGUAAAGAAUAUGGUCGCAAGUGGUGGUUUGGAGAGUUAG